AUGUUUUGAGAUAGAGACCUAUUAAAAUUCUCUCGGUGUGGGAAAGUGUACCUCAUGUUUUCUGUUUUAAGAAAAGAUUUUGGAAGGGUAGAAGGUGUUAGCGAAAUGCCAGCUGAAAAUUAUUAUUGCCCAGAUAACUUCUUCAAGAAGAUGACAGAUUUGGAUUCACCCAAGAAAAAUAACGAUUGUUAUUUUUACUAUUACUCCACAUGUGCCAAGGGGGACAAUUGCACCUUUCGUCAUGAACCUUCAGCUCUUGGAUGUGAAACUAUGUGUUCCUUCUGGAAGGAAGGCAAAUGUUUGAAUGUUCACUGCAACUUCCGUCACAUGGAGCUCCGAAAAAAUAGAAAGGCUAUACCUUGUUACUGGGAGUCUCAACCUGUUGGUUGUCUGAAAGCUCAUUGCCCUUUUUUACAUCAAAAUCCGAGGCCCUCUGAUGAUUCUUCAAUUGAUCAUUCAAAUCUAUCUUCAGUUUCAGAUAGAUCUGUUUCCGAAAACAUGUUGAAUGACCAGUUGAAUCAACAGAACGAACGUAAAGUGACAGCUGUUGACAGCCUAGUGGUGAAUUUUGAAGAAGAGUCUGAUAAUGAAUCUGGUCCUUCUAAUUCACCUAAUAAAAAUGGAAAUCGAAUUGUAACAGUAAAAACUUUGGAGGAAAUCAAACUCGAAAAAAUUCAUGCAGAGGCCGCAGCAUAUUAUUCUUAUUUUGACCAAACCCACUCAUCUCAAGUUGCAGAAGUCGGCGAGGACCUAAGACAAAGGAUAUUCGAUAGAAUGAUAUUGAACAAAACACUUCCUGAACGGAUAGUGACCCUUCCGCAAUCAGAAAAACCCAAUAUGACAUUCAUUACGACACUCAAUCCACCAAAGAGAAGGCUUAGUAACGAUGAGCUAGCAAAUAUUCUUGGUGAUGAAUCUCUUAGAAAAAAACCAAGAAUUGUCUUUGACCGCGAAGCCGAAAAUCUUGAAGUAACGUUAAGUAAAAAACCCGCUAAGGUAUACUAUUCACUUGCACACGACCCGAAUAGGAAAGUCACUAGACGGAAACUGCCAAUCAAUUCUCCAAAUUUAUCCGAUAUUAAAAUAAAAACUUUAGCCGAAAUUCGGGCCGAAAAGCAAGCCAGGGCUUUGAACGAAAUAAACACAGAGGAAAGUGACCAAGAAGUAACUAGUACCAGCAUGGAAGAAAACCCUGUAGAAAACAACCACAAGGAGAAUUCGGAGAAACACACCAAGAAUGCCACUCUUAGGAAAAAAAUUAAACUCCGCAGGCCGGUACCCGAUGUAGCAUCAGAGCGGAAUGAGGAAGAAUCAGAUGUUCUCAAAAAUGAUCAAAUGGAUACCUCAACGGAACUCUGCGACGCUGAUAACUUUUCAGGAAAAGCGAUAGAUGAACAUUUGUUGUUAGAAAGCGACGAUGACGAUGAGAGUGUUACCUUAAAAGUGGAGGAAGAGUUGUUGAAUGAUUUCGACGACUGAACUAGUUACCGUACUUUUACCUAAUAUGAUUUCAGAAUAUAUUUUAGAUUUUAUGAUUCACGUUCCAUAUCAAAGUUUAAUUUGAUGAUAUUGAGAAUAAACAAAAAUUUUUAAUUCGAAA